GAAAGCCGAGAGCGCGAGCGUCAUUUCCUCGCGUUCCUUCUCCUCCUUCCUUUCUCUUUCCCAGCCGCGAUGUCUAAGAGAGGACGUGGUGGAUCAUCUGGAGCCAAGUUCCGCAUCUCACUGGGUCUCCCAGUGGGAGCGGUCAUCAACUGCGCUGACAACACAGGUGCCAAGAACCUGUACAUCAUCUCAGUCAAAGGCAUCAAGGGUCGUCUGAACAGGCUCCCUGCCGCAGGUGUGGGUGACAUGGUUAUGGCCACUGUGAAGAAAGGCAAACCAGAGCUCAGGAAAAAGGUGCAUCCUGCGGUGGUGAUACGACAGCGGAAGUCAUACCGGCGAAAAGAUGGCGUGUUCUUGUACUUUGAAGACAAUGCUGGGGUCAUAGUGAAUAACAAGGGGGAAAUGAAAGGCUCGGCCAUCACGGGACCCGUAGCCAAGGAAUGUGCAGAUCUGUGGCCCAGGAUUGCUUCAAACGCUGGGAGCAUCGCAUAAGUUCCAGCCUGGCUUCAUAUUUUCAAUAAAAUAUUGAUAAAGUCCA